AUGAGGCAAGUCAGCAUUCUGAGCGGCUCCUUACGGACGGUAUGCCCUGCUGAGCCUGUCUACACACCGCCCACGACUGGGCUCCUUUCCUACCUGCCUGUAUCAUGGGUCCCUUACGCCGAGCUUGUCCGAAUCGACAAGCCUGUAGGAACGUACUAUCUCUUCUUUCCAUGCGUCUUCUCGACACUCAUGGCGGCGCCGAUGGCCAUGGCAACUCCCGGCACAGUGAUUGGAACCUCUCUCCUCUUCGCCUCAGGCGCUCUUAUCAUGCGUGGCGCAGGCUGUACUAUCAACGAUCUUUGGGACCGCAACCUUGAUCCCCACGUCACGAGAACCAAGUUUCGACCCAUUGCGCGGGGCGCCGUCACUCCUUUUCAAGGACUUGUCUUCACUGGUGCUCAGCUUCUGGCCGGGCUGGGAGUCUUGGUACAGUUUCCAACUGCCUGCCUGUUCUACGGCAUUCCAAGCCUGCUCUUUGUCGCCUCAUACCCUCUCGCCAAGCGCGUCACGUACUAUCCCCAGGCCGUCCUCGGACUGACGUUCUCCUGGGGAGCAAUGAUGGGGUUCCCUGCCCUCGGUAUCGACCUGCUCUCUAACAGCGCAGCAUUGACAGCUGCUGCUUGUCUUUACUCUUCAAAUGUUGCCUGGACGGUGCUGUACGACAUGAUUUACGCCCACCAAGAUAUCAAGGAUGAUGCCAAGGCGGGAAUCAAGAGUAUCGCACUGAAACAUGACGCUGAGACGAAGCAGGUUCUGACCGGCCUGGCGGCAGUCCAGAUCGGUCUUUUGGGCAUGGCGGGCUUCGCUGCUGGUGCCGGACCUCUCUUCUACAUCGGAAGCUGUGGAGGUGCUGCACUGACACUUGGGAUCAUGAUCAAGCGCGUCAACCUCAAGAGCGUCAAGGACUGUUGGUGGUGGUUCUGCAAUGGCUGCUGGCUCACAGGCGGCGCCAUUAGCAUCGGUCUCUUCGCCGACUACAUUGUACGGUACAUUCAAGGCGAAAAGGUGGAGGAGCAGGAGAUCGUAGCGUAG